GGGCUGCUGAGGGCCGGCACUGCACGGCGGCUCCCAGUGCGGGCUCGGUGGCUGCUGCGCCUCCAGGUGCGAAGCGAGGAGCCCGCCUGGCCCCGGGCGCGGACCCCCCGCCCCCCAUGCUGAUGCUCCACGUGGCCGGGCCCCCCGCGGCCGGAGCCAUGUCCCAGACCGAGGUGGAUCUGUCCGGCUGCGGCAUCGCCCUGGAGCCGGGAACCCCCGGCCGGGCAGCCCCGCUCCGCAGCCGGGGGCGCGAGAGCCGCCGCGGCUCCUACAGGUUCAACCGGCGGAGCUCGGCCGAGCUGGAGCGGCUGGGCUACGAGGGGCCCCCGGGGUCCGGCCCGGCCGGGGCGCAGGAGGCGCGCGGGGACCCCCAGGCUCUCCAAGGCGCAGAGCCCGCGGCGCGCUCCGGCUCGGGCAGCGAGAGCGGCGGCCAGACGUCCUCGCCGCCGCCCCCCGGCCAGGUCUCCCCGCGCGGCGCCCCCCCGGACGAGAGCCGCCGGGCGCAGGAGGAGAACGAGGAGGUCGAGACCCGCGCCGUGGCCACCUCCCCGGACGGCCGGUUCCUCAAGUUCGACAUCGAGAUCGGCCGCGGCUCCUUCAAGACGGUGUACAAAGGGCUGGACACCGAGACCACCGUGGAGGUGGCCUGGUGCGAGCUGCAGACCCGGAAGCUGUCGAAGGCUGAACGGCAGCGCUUCAGCGAGGAGGUGGAGAUGCUGAAGGGCCUGCAGCAUCCCAAUAUUGUCCGCUUCUACGACUCCUGGAAGUCAGCCAUCAAGGGCCAGAUCUGCAUCGUGUUGGUCACUGAGCUCAUGACCUCGGGCACCCUGAAAACCUACCUGAAGCGCUUCAAGAAGAUGAAGCUGAAGGUCCUGCAGCGCUGGAGCCGGCAGAUCCUCAAGGGGCUGCACUUCCUGCACACGCGCUCGCCCCCCAUCAUCCAUCGCGACCUCAAGUGCGACAACAUCUUCAUCACGGGCCCCACCGGCUCCGUCAAGAUCGGGGACCUGGGCCUGGCCACGCUCAAGCGGGCCUCCUUCGCCAAGAGCGUCAUAGGCACCCCAGAGUUCAUGGCCCCUGAGAUGUACGAGGAGAAGUACGACGAGGCGGUGGAUGUCUAUGCCUUCGGCAUGUGCAUGCUGGAGAUGGCCACCUCGGAGUACCCCUACUCAGAGUGCCAGAACGCCGCCCAGAUCUACCGCAAGGUCACUUCGGGCAUGAAACCCAACAGCUUCUACAAGGUGAAGGUGCCCGAGCUGAAGGAAAUCAUUGAGGGCUGCAUCCGCAUGAACAAGGCUGAGAGGUACACCAUCCAGGACCUGCUGGAGCACUCCUUCUUCCAGGAGGACACGGGGGUGCACGUGGAGCUGGCCGAGGAGGACGACGGGGUCAAGUCCGGCCUCAAGCUCUGGCUGCGCAUGGACGACACUAAGAAACUGCACGGCAAGUACAAGGACAACAACGCCCUCGAGUUCCUCUUUGAGCUGCACAAGGACGUGGCCGAGGAGGUGGCCCAGGAGAUGGUGACCCUGGGCUUUGUGUGUGAGGCGGACUACAAGCUGGUGGCCAAGGCAGUGCGGGACCGUGUGGUCACCAUCAAACGCAAGCGGGAGAAGUUGAAGCGGGCGCAGGAUGAGCUGCGGCACCAGGAGCAGGAGAAGCAGCCGGGCAUCCUGCCCCUGCUGGAGGAGCUGAAGUGCCCCCCGGUGCCUGCCACCCCCCAGGCCUCACCGGCCACACCUGGCUCCGGGGACUCUGUCUUUGGGGGCACCUUCCUCCCGGAGCCCGAGGAGCCUGAGGCAGAUCAGCACCAGCACUUCCUGUAUCGGCACACCAGCUACUCCUCCACCGCCUCUGACUGCGAGACGGACGGGUACCUGAGCUCCUCUGGGUUCGUGGACUCGCCAGACCUGUCCCACUGCCACUCAGGCACCUUCUCCACCAGGGACCCUUCCAGCCCACCAGCUGCCCAGUCAGAGAGCUGCUUCCCUGUGAGCAUCGCAGUGAGCUCGCCCAUGGAGCACCUGCCGUCUACCCCGGCCAGCGAGUUCUCUUCCCCAGUGGACAGCUACGCGUCGGACGUGGCAUCUGGCCUGAGCGAUGGCUGCGAAGGGCUCUCGGCCAGCGAGCAGAACGCCAAGCUGCCGGCCAAGCGGGCCUCGGGGAAGCUGCUACGGCGCCGAGCCAGGUCGAGGCUGCGCAUCACCAACAUCUCGGAUAAGAGCGACCGGGUGGUGGAGUGCCAGCUGCAGACCUACAACAACAAGAUGGUGACCUUCAAGUUCGACCUGGACGGGGACAACCCGGAGGAGAUUGCGGCCGUCAUGGUCAAUAAUGAGUUCAUCCUCCAGUCGGAGCAGGACAGCUUCAUCCGUCGAAUCCAGGACAUCAUCCAGCGCGUGGAGACCCUGCUGCGCAAGGACGGGCAUGGUGCCACCAGGGCGGCUGGCAGCCCGCAGCCUGAGAGCCUGUCACCCUCUGCCACCAGCAACGGCCUUCCGGCGGAGCUGCAGCUGCAGGAUCUCUCGCGCUCCAUCUCAGCCUCGUCCUUGCUCAGCGACUUGGGCUGCAGGAGCCCAGGCCAGUCGGAGCUGGCUCCGGUCCAGCCCUCGCUCAGUGGCUUCCCCUCUGAAAACGACCUCUUCAGCCUCGCAGACACCCCGCCAGGGACCCAGCCCGUUGGGCUACAGCCUCUGCUCCCAGCAGAACCGCCAGGUUCUCCCAGUGCAGCUGCGUGGAGUAGGCCCUCCUCCUUGACGGUGCCUGGCCUGGCCCCGUACCCGCUGCCAACAUCCCAGUCUUUCCCACAGACUGCCGGACCCGGGCCCCAGGCUGGGGGCUCCCUGCUGUCCACCACACCACCCAGGGGAGGCCUGGGCCCCCUGAGCCCACCCAUGAACAGCACUGUACCCACUGCGCCCCCCUGGUCUCCUGCCACCUCCCCCUUGUUCUCGCUGGCUGAGAUGUUCUCCCUGGCAAUGAUGAGCAUGGCCCAGACGCUGCUGCCGUCCGUCUCCUUGGCUGCCCCCCCGCCGGGAGGGCCCCAUGCCCCUGCACUGAUACCUCGCCCGCAGUCGCUGUACCUGGGGCCGGCACACUUCACCUCCCCUGGCCCUGCGGGCCAGGUGGAGCCAGCCCCACACUGCAGUUGGACCCAGGAGCCCACCAGCACCUGCGUCACAGGGGGCUGGGGCCCUGCUCUUCCCCCUCAGGGCCUGGGAAGAAGCGGCAUCGGGGAGAGUCCGCUGGCAUCGGGGAGAGCUCCUGCUGCAGGGGCGCUGGAUAGCGGCUUGGUAUCACCCUGCUCCCCGAAACCCAGCAGCCACCUGAUCGUCUCAGAGUCGCCCGCCCCUGGCCCAGCCAAGGCCCGGCUGUCCCCCAUCAACGAAGAAGCCAAGCCCCAGAUUCUGGGUAGAUUCCAGGUGACCACAUCCAAGGACCCAGCCAACAGCACCCUGGGGCAGCAGAGCCAGAGUGACAGUGAGCAGAGUGGCCAGGAGCCCUGGGAGCGGGCGGCUGGUGCCUCCUCUCAGCCCUUGGUGCCCAGCUCCUCCGCCACAGAGGGCAGCACGAGCCCCGACUCGGACUCUGUCCCUGACACCCCGGUGCAGGACCCCGACGAGCUGCUGGCCGAGGAGGGGACGCCGGUGGCGCUGGCGGAGAGCGACCAGGAGAGGCCUGGGGAGGGCAGUGCUGAGAGCCCUCAGCAGGCCAUGGUGAGCCAGGUGUGGAUGAGCUACGCGCGCAGCUCGUCCUACCUGAGCAGCGACGAGACGGAGAGCGAGGACGAGGAGAUCUGGGAGGAGCUGCAGAGCCUGCGCCAGAAGCACCUCUCUGAAGUGCAGACACUGCAGGCUGUGCAGAAGAGGGAGAUUGAGGAUCUGUACUUCCGGAUGGGGAAGCAGGCCCCCCCGGGCAUCGUCUCCCCAGCUGCCAUGCUCUCCAGCCGCCAGAGACGCCUCUCCAAGGGCAGCUUCAACCCGUCCCGGCGCAACAGCCUCCAGCGUCUGGAGCUCUCGCAGCCCACAGGGAUCAUGCGCAGGAACUCGCUGAGUGGCAGCAGUACCGGCUCGCAGGAGCAGCGGCCGAGCAGAGGUGUGACAUUCGCUGGAGACCUCAGCCGAAUGUAACCGUCCUGCCAGCACCGAUUUUCAUGGACUACCUCAGCCAUGCACCAGCUGCCAUGGAGGGGUGGUGAGAGGCCCUGCUGUGAGCUGACCAGGCAGUGCCCUGCCCCACGGCCUCCUCCAGGUGUGGAGACAGCACUGGCACAGUGGGGAAUGGCGACUCCUGCCCUUGUGUGCCCCUCCCAGCUUUGUCCCUGCGGAGCCAGGCACUGGGCCCCAUGGUGUUUGUUGCAGGUGCCCACUGCCUGGAAACUCCUGGCUUUGUCUGACAGCCCCGGGGAGGAACUGCAUUGGCCCCCACGGGCUCACGUGAAGUCUGAUGGUGGCUGCACCCAGCCUGGUUCACCUGCUCCCCAGCAUAGGCUGCAGGGAGAUGGGUUUGCAGGGUAACUCCCUACCACCAUGGGGAGCCUUGCUUCAGAGCCCCACCAGUGUCAGCUGAGAAAUGCUUCCUGCUUAGCCGAGUCCCAGCCCUUCACUGACCCCACCUCCCCACUCUUCAGACACACUCCCAGAAAGCACCAGGGCCUCCCCCACCCAAAGGGCACGUGGGAUGCAGGCCCAGGCUACCUGAGGCGUGGCUGGUCUUACCUCUGCCUGGACUCAUAGCACUUAGCCCCUGGGUCAUGUUUGCUGAAGGCAGGGCCUGGGUUAUAGGAACUGCAUGUGCUGACACUGUCCCUCCCCUUUAUGGCAACUCACCUCUGUGCUUUACUCCUCGCCAGGAGCUGCCAGCCCCACUGCAGUGAGAGGGCUGCUGCCCCCUGCACAUGGGCUGAGUUCUCAGUGCCUCUUUGCCCCAGAACCAUAAACCAGCACCCUCGUGCCAAGCCAUUCUCCUGGGCACCAGGCCUCAGGCUUGUACUUGCUGGGCCUUAGCCAGCAGGGAGCCUUGGAGCUCGGCUUCUGCUCUGGCCCCACAGCUGCAGCAUGAAGCGUUGCCCUUGCCGUGCCUCUCCAAAGGACAGACUGACCUUGUAAAAGGCUUUUUAGAGACUGUACAGUGGUUGUGAAUAAAACCGAUCAAAUAGGGA